AUGUCGACGGUCCAGCCAGCGGCAACUUCAACCGGGACUCCCGUCCGUGUCCCAGUACCCGGGGAGACACAUCCAGUGCGUAGGAAGAUAUCAAAAUCGAGUAUAGGGCGGGCACGUAUACAUGGGUCCGGCGUUGGAGGCUUGGGCAACAACGAUGUCGGUGCCGGCGAUUCAACGACCAGUCUAAACAGUAUAUCGAGGCGGAUUCAGAGACCUACACCCAGUAUCAUGAAGUCGUUGGCCAACAUGAGCCUGAACAAAGAUAGCGAUGCCGGUAGAAGUUCCCCAGCACAGAUCGUGCUGCUGAAGAGAAAGAGAAAUCAAGAGCCGCUUGAUGGACUGCUUCUCGAAAACGCUGGUGGCGCGUCACGCCACCCGUCGGACUCUGACUUGAACAAGGAUGGAACAUCUGGGCUCGAGGAUGACCUAGAUGAGCGAGGAGGUAGAUCUGGCUUGACGCAAAGCAACAGUAUGCGCGCUAGAAAGCGGAAAAGAUUAGCCCCAGCCCGUGGUUUCUUCCAGCUGGCCGAGACUGUUGAAAAGGCGACGUGGGAUAACGAGGCGUGGAGGAGAGAUUUCAACGAACGUGUACUAGCCAAGACCAAGGAGGGCAGGAAAGCUCUCGCAGCAGCUGCGGGGUCUCAACCAGUAUCUGCCUCUCCCAAUACAUCUGGUCUUCUUAGCCCGACCGCAACCACUAGCGGUGUCAAGCCACCACGCAAGUAUACCGUCGUACUUCAAUCCCGACCACAGUUGCCAGUAGAGUCCACUCCCGGAAUCGUACAGCCAGCCUACGACGAGUCUGAGGAUAAAUAUCCGAAAAAGAGAGUCAAAACCGACUCUACGACGCAAGUUGGAGGGACCUUGGCUCGAGAAGCAACCGCAAGGGCCGACGCAAUCAUACCUCAACCGCCUAUACAAGCAAAAGAUAGGGUUGUCUACUUUGAUGCCGUUCCUGUGAAAAGUGUAAGCGAUGAAGAGAGCGAAAACGAAAGAAGGGCUCGAGAGGAAGAGGAAGAGCUAGCGGCGUUUAUGCCGAUGCUCCAGGAUUAUCUCAAGCAGAGUAACAUCUCCAGUACGCCUCGCAUAGAAGAGCCCAGACGAAGCGAAAUGAGAGGUCCAAAGGAAAGAACAACCGAGAAGGGCAAAUCCAAGGAAGAAGGCGAUUCAGAAACAGAUGAAGAAGAUUAUGUCUAUGAUGUCUACUUCAAGGGUAAUCAUGAACCAACUGCCAGCGACUGGAACAACCUGGGGAACUAUGGAACUUUAGUUUCUUUGCCUCGGGAGUUUCUGCAGGACGAAGACUCUGACGAUUUCGAGGACUACUCUGAGGGCUCAGACGACGAGGACUCCAAUGCGGAAGAAUUUUAUCGCAACGACUACCCGGAUGAGGAAGAUGACUACUCAGAUGAGGAUGAAGACUCGGAUGAGUUCUACAAUGAUAGGGACGAUUCAGAGGAAGAGGAAGACUAUGAUGAUGACACACGUUGGCGUUGA